AUGAACGCUGGACAUCCUUAUGCUCGACCCGAAUCUAUCCCACAGCCUCAACAGGCUCAAAGUUUUCAUAUACCAAUCUCACAGUCUGCACAAUUGUAUCAACCAUACAAUGCGUUGCCAUACCCUCAUCAAGAUCCUUCUCCUCCCAAUCGUCGAGGACCCAACAGGUCUAGCAGAGUGUCCGAGGAGGAGGAAGGCCGCUCACGUAAUGCCGUUGCACAGAGGAGGCAUCGGGAGAAGAGAAAGGCCCAUCUGAGAGCUCUCGAAGAAGCUGUAGCCCGUCAUGACCUUGAGAUGGAAGCGGCCGCCCAGCAUAUCCAUUCAUUGACGUAUCGUCUUCAAUCUACCCCACCCAACGAGGCAGCCGCUCGGUUAUUGGCCGACAAUAAUUUCUUACGAGCUGAGAAUGCCGAGUUUCGGCGACAUCUACACGCAUACAGAGCACACUUUGGCGAGCUUCAGCCACAUCAGCUAGACGUCGCAGUCGAAGCCGGAUCCUUCUACAGUCCGCCUGAAGAGGACAGGGACAACUCACCCCCUACAAAACGAGCCGAACCUCGGCCUGAACAUGGUCAAGUGGAACAAACGGAGUUCACUCGUCACUCACCACCACGACUGCCAGGUAUCGAGUAUGGUCUUCGUCAUCCUCAAGUGCAGGAGUCGAUGCCAUCUAUGCCAUCUACGGCAACUAGCAUUUCUGCCAUGUCCACCUCUUCUUCCUUCCCCCUUCCCCACGGUAUGCCUCAAUAUCAAACCCCCGUUUCGCAUUCUCAUCGCAAUCUCCACUCAGCGUCUUCGGCUCCUUCCACCUCUCCAUUUGUCCACUCCGGAUCAUACCAUAACGAUCUUCAUCAUUGCACACCUCAAACAUCUCAUUCAGAUCUUUCAAUACAAUCUCUUCCAUAUCAACAUCAUACCACUCAUGAGACCCCUCAAAUGACAAAUGAACCUGAACUGGACGAACAUCAUUACAACCCCACCAUGUACCCCACCACAGCCGAUCAACCACAUCCCCAGUCUCUCCCUCGUGUCGGUCAAAUGCUCAUUCCAUCCGGUCCCGGGUCGAGCAAUUGGCAGGGAACUUAUCGUCCUCAAGGGGACGAAACCUGGACAGGUCAAGCAGGCGGUUACGGUGUGAAUUAUUCACAAGAAACAGAGGAGCAACCAUCACAGCCCGAUGUCACCCCUGCUCCCUCCCAACCCUCCCCCUCCGUCCAAAAUACCGCCGACCUCGCCCCUCCUCCUCCCCGUCCAUCCCUAGGCUCCAUGCUCUUCCUCACCGCUUUCUUCUUCUUCAUGUCCGGCGGUAACGCCCCCGAGCAAGAAGUUGUCCUAGGUCCCAAUGGGGAAUUUGUACAUCGUGUCACUCAAUUGGAUCUCGCUCGAACUUCUUAUGAAGAAUACCAAGGAUUGUUGAAUGGUACGAUUGGGAAUUGGACAGAACCAUCUCCUCCGAUCAUCAGACCUGAGAUAUUGUUACCAAAUAAAUAUAUACAUCCUUGGGGUGGAGAUGAAGGUCAUUGGAGAAAUAUAACUGGGUUUUAUCGAUCUGCUCGAUUACACCCUAUAACCUUCACAGGAGAAGAUCAAGUGUCAGAAUUCUUCAAUGGAGUGGAGAUACCUCAUUUUUUAUCCCAUCAUCCUUCUCUCGACACCUUGGACCCUUCCCACGAUGAAAACUUAGCAACAUCCACUAGUCAUUAUGUUGGACGACCACUACAAACAGAUCAUUUUCCUCCUUCCGAUGAUAUAUUCGAAGAAAUUACCGAGGAGAAUACACACCAUUCUGGUGAUUCUUCCGAUGUUGAUUUCGAAGGAGGUUCGGAAAAAGUCAAUUCUGGUCCUCAUUAUCCAUCUGUUGACGAUAUCCUCACAGAAGACACUGAUCCGGAAUAUGGAUCUCAACCCAAUUCACCCCCUUCCCUACCCGAGGAAGAUGAGAUACCAGAAGGAACGUGGAAAGAGAUAUCUCGGCGGAUCGUCAAAAGAUUCGUGCCUUCAAUCAAAAUACCAAGAAUGGGCAAACCAGAAGAAGUUUCACAGAAGAUGUCUAGACGGAAUUUACGGAGGGAGAACACGGAAUGGAACGAAACCCUCGCUUUGGAAUUAAGAGGAUCAUGGGAUUGGGAACAUACAACUAGAUGGGAUAUGAACAUUCGGGAAAAGACUUUAUCAUCUACUCUCAAUUUAACAUCUCUCAAUCCCACAUGGAACAAUGAAGAUUGGACUUGGAUCAAAGGAUCAGCCACUUUGACAGCUGGAAAAGAUACAUUAGAAUAUAAUUUCUAUGGAUUACAUUAUCUGCCUAAUGGGACUUAUGGACUAUAUGGUUUACCGGAAGGGAAGAAUGUGGAUAUAAGACAUAUACCUUUGUUAUGGGCAGGAAGAAUAUUGAAUGAUGGAGGUGAUGGUGGGAAUGUUAGUAAAUGGAUAGUGUUGGGAGAGUUGGAAAAAGACUGGAAGAGUAAACAAGAGGAUUUGUUGUUUAGCGACGUCAGACCCGAGGAACAAACUCAAACUAGUUGUCCUCUAUACAUCCAUUUCACUUUACCACCCUUCUCCAUCCAUGGCACCAAGUCCGAGAUCGAAUUGUAUGAAGAUGAACUUCAGAACCCAACCGGAUUACGACUGAGUUUACCGAGACCGCCAAGAUAUUGGGAAGGUAUAGGAUUAGGGGGUGUCGUAAUUGCCGAUCAGUGUGGGUGGGCUUUUGGUUUGGAAGGAGGGAAAGGUUUAGGGAUUGAAGAUUUCUGGCGAAAGAGUGGGAAUUACGCUGCAUACGCCACCAUCGCUCAACUAAUCACUCUCAUGCUACUGAUCAGACAAAUGGAAUCUUCACGGACACCAUCCACUUUGGCAAAAGUCUCUCUAUGGUCAAUCGUCAUGAUGGCCAUAUUGGAUUCGUGGAUUUUCUCUUCGCAUGUGAUAGUCGGCAUCGUAACGGAUAAUAGGGCGUCAAUACCAUUGCUCUUACCUGGUUUCUUGGCUCUAUGCUCCGCGGUCUUAUUCGCUCCUCGAUACUGCGUUCUUUUACAUAGAAUUCAAGCACCCGAAAGAGAGCCCUCUCCUCCUCCUAGACCACCAACCGCUACUAGACCGUCCGAAUCGGCAACACAAACAGUUCAGAACGCAUCGGAAUCGACUCAAAUGGAACCCUCGCUGAGCGCUUGGGACAGGAUCAAGCAGACAUUGAAUGACUCUCCGAUUCUCAAUUCAAUCAUCAAGACAAAUGGUUCAAUGACCAAUUUGAGAAUCUGUGGUAUCAUCGGAAUCUAUCGUAAUGCUCGACGGGGAACGAGUGGUGCGUUAAAUCAUGGGUUUAUGAUAGGAACGACUCUGGGAAGGUUUGCUAUUCCUCUUUAUAUCUUUGCAUGUCCUGACAACGUACUUUUCGUCGAACCGUCCAAGGGUAUUUUGGCUACAGUUUUAUGGCAGAUAUUUCAAAUCGCUGUUCUAUUUGGACAAGAACGUUUUGGUCCUGCGUUCUUCUUACCACGAUCUUACAAACCCGUCGAAUCGUACAACUACCAUCCACCUCUUCCUCCUUCAGACCCCGAAAAUCUUUCUUCGCUCGAAACUACAUGUUCUAUAUGUAUGGAAGAAGUCUCCACUUCUCCUUCUUCCACAUUAGGAGCUUCAGAAGCUCUUUUGACAGGAUUGGGGAUCAAUAGUUUAGGAAGUAGAAGAGCGUAUGCUUUAUCACCUUGUCAUCAUUUGUUUCAUACUAAAUGUCUUGCUCAAUGGUUAGCUAUAAAGACUAUCUGUCCAUUGUGUAAAAGACCCUUACCACCAUUAUGA